AUGGUGGCCAAGUUCGCUUUUUUCACACCGAACCCACCUUCCUACAAGCUUAUCAUAGACGACCACACCGGCCUCCUGCUUCUCAGCCCCUUCCAUCACUGGGAAAAUAUGGAAGUUCUGAAACUGCUGACCCGUCGUGGCAUUGAGGUUGUGGCCAUCCACAUUCGCCACCCUUUGGCCAUUUCUACACUGCUUUACUCCCACAGCAACGCCACCGAUCUGGGCCAUAUGUACAAGCUCUUCAUCGAAUUGAGCAUCCACCUGCGCGUCAAUCUCAUGGGGUACGACUAUUCGGGGUAUGGGCAAUCAACUGGAAAGGCAAGUGAGCAGAAUACAUAUGCAGAUAUUAAAGCUGCAUAUAAGUGUCUUGAAGAAUGCCAUAGUAUCGAAGUUCUUCCACGUCCCCUAAGGUUUUCUUCACUGAUUCCAUCACUGAAUCUGAGAAAUAGAAGAGAAAAUAAACUCAGAGGGUGUAAGGGUGGCAGAUAUAGACAGCGAAAAUUCCAAGUUCGGAGAUUUCUCUUGCAGGAGCUCAAGCAGCUCAUCCGCAACGUCCGGCGAGGGAGCACACAGAACCGGAGGAAGAGGAAAUGUUUGGGCACUUAG